AACGCCUAUUUUGGGUUUCAAUUCAUUCUCCAUUCGUCGCGCGCGAAAAACCCUAAACCCUUUCUACGUUGUUCUGAGGAAGAAGCAGCGAUGAAUAGGGCGAGAACUGAAGGCAUAACCUUCACGAAGGAACCAUACAUCGAGGAUACAGGACCACGUAGAAUACAGAAUAUGAAGUUCUGCACGUUAUCAGAGUCGGAAAUCGGCAAAAUUGGUGAAGUUCAAGUGUGGAAGGGUGCUUACUAUGAUUCGUUUAAAAAGCCUAUUCAAGGAGGCUUAUUGGAUCCCCGCAUGGGCCCUGCUAAUAAGAGUCUUUUCUGUGCGACAUGCCAUGGGAACUUUCAGGACUGUCCAGGGCACUAUGGAUACUUAAACCUUGCCCUUCCUGUUUUCAAUGUUGGAUACUUAAGUAACAUUGUGGAAAUACUGAAGUGCAUUUGUAAGGGCUGUGCUCGUAUUCUCCUUGAUGAAGAUACCCGUAAAAAAUAUUUGACAGAGAUGAGAAGGCCCAAAAAAGCUGACGCAGAUAAGAUUGAUUUUGUGAAAGUUCAUGUAAUGAAGGAUUGUAGCAAAGUUGUGAAUUGCCCAAGAUGCGGAUAUAUCAACGGUAUAGUAAAGAAGGUUCCGUCUUCGCUAAGCAUCAUGCAUGAUUGCUCAAAAUGUAAAAAUGUUAUUUCCGAGGAGCUUGAAUCUGCACUCUCUCGUAUAAAAGACUCUAGGGUGACAACCAAUGUGUCUACUCGAAUUCUUAACCCUUUCCAAGUUCUUUCCCUGUUUAGAAGGAUGCAUGAUGAGGAUUGUGAAUUACUUCAUGUUGCUGAAAAACCGGAGAAACUCAUAAUAACUAACAUUAUUGUGCCACCUAUAGCCAUUCGACCAUCAGUUAUAAUGGAUGGAUCAUUGAGCAAUGAAAAUGACAUAACAGAGAGGCUAAAGAAUAUAAUCCAAGCAAAUGCUGUUCUUCGCCAGGAAUUACAAGAAUCCAGUGGUUCAUCCAAAUUUCUGGAUGGUUGGGAUAUGCUUCAACUUGAAGUUGCUCAAUUCAUAAAUAGUGAUGUUCGUGGUGUACCAUUCUAUAUGCAACCGUCCAAGCAACUGUCUGGUUUUGUUCAGCGCCUGAAAGGGAAGCAGGGACGUUUCCGUGGCAACUUAUCUGGGAAACGUGUUGAAUAUACUGGAAGGACAGUUAUUUCACCGGAUCCUAAUUUGAAGAUUUCUGAGGUUGCAAUACCCAUCCAUAUGGCUCGUAUAUUGACUUACCCUGAGCGAGUUACGCAUCACAAUAUGGAGAAGUUGAGACAAUGUGUGAGAAAUGGUCCUGAUAAGUAUCCUGGUGCAAGGAUGCUUAGACGUGAUGGAGGUCACUCAUGGUCCUUACAAGUUCUUUCUAGGAAGCGUGCUGCAGAUGAAUUGAGGAUUGGUGAUAUUGUUGAUCGCCAUUUGGAAGAUGGAGACAUUGUUCUUUUCAAUAGACAGCCAAGCUUGCAUCGGAUGUCUAUUAUGUGUCACAGGGCAAGGAUUAUGCCUUGGAGAACUUUGAGAUUCAAUGAAUCUGUAUGUAACCCAUAUAAUGCUGACUUUGAUGGUGAUGAGAUGAACUUACAUGUUCCACAGACUGAGGAGGCUCGAACAGAGGCUAUUUUGUUGAUGGGGGUGCAAAACAAUUUGUGCACACCAAAAAAUGGCGAAAUUCUUGUUGCCUCUACUCAAGACUUUUUAACCUCUUCUUUUCUUAUGACCAGGAAAGAUACUUUUUAUGAUCGUUCUACCUUUUCACUUGUUUGCUCAUACAUGGGGGAUGGCAUGGAUUUUGUUGACCUGCCAACUCCUGCAAUUAUUAAGCCUGUUGAGCUUUGGAGUGGUAAGCAGUUAUUUAGCAUUAUCCUGCGCUCACAUGCAAAUGUGAGAGUCUAUGUGAAUCUUACUGUUAAGGAGAAGACAUACAGCUCAAAGCUUGAUGACAGGAAAAGAGAAUUGAAAACAAUGUGCCCAAAUGAUGGGUUUGUUUAUUUUCGUAAUAGUGAGUUGAUCUCUGGACAACUUGGAAAGGUUACUUUAGGAAAUGGCAAUAAGGAUGGACUUUUCUCUGUGUUACUAAGAGACUAUAAAGCACAUGCUGCUGCUUCUUGCAUGAAUCGUUUAGCUAAAUUGAGUGCACGAUGGAUCGGAAAUCAUGGGUUCUCAAUAGGCAUUGAUGAUGUCCAACCAAAAGAGAUACUGGUCAACAAGAAAGAUGAAACAAUUUCAGAUGGUUAUAGGAAAUGUGAUGGUUUUAUAGAAGCAUUCAAUAAAGGAAAACUAGAACUCAAAGCUGGUUGUGAUGCUGCUCAAACAUUGGAAACUCUGAUAACAGGGGUAUUGAAUGGAAUACGUGAUACAGCAGGGAAGGUUUGCAUGCAAACCCUACACUGGAGAAAUAGUCCAUUGAUCAUGUCACAGUGUGGCUCCAAAGGAUCACCUAUUAAUAUUAGUCAAAUGGUUGCCUGUGUUGGUCAACAGUCAGUGGGUGGUCGUCGUGCUCCUAAUGGGUUUGUAGAUCGAAGCCUUCCUCAUUUCCCAAGAAAAGCUAAAACCCCUGCUGCUAAAGGAUUUGUUGCUAAUUCCUUUUACAGUGGAUUGUCAGCUACUGAGUUUUUCUUCCAUACAAUGGGAGGGCGAGAAGGGCUUGUUGAUACAGCGGUUAAAACUGCAGACACUGGAUACCUGUCUCGUCAAAUAAUGAAAUCUCUAGAGGACUUGUUUGUAAAUUAUGAUUGCUCUGUAAGAAAUGCUGCUGGUGGUAUUGUUCAAUUUUGCUAUGGAGAUGAUGGCAUGGAUCCAGCAGGCAUGGAAGGGAAAAAUGGAAAACCUUUAAAUUUUGAGCGGUUGUUUUUGAGAAGCAAGGCCAUAUGCCCCAGCGAUAGAGAUGAUGAAAUUUUAACUUCCUCAGAUGCAUGUAAAGUAGUUCAUGAGAAGCUUUCAGAAAUUGGUAUGUCUAGGUCAGUGGAGAAGGGGGUUUCAGAGGAUGAUAUAUUGUCAGAGGAGGUGGGAUCCUCUGCUGACUUUGUUAAUUCUCUGCUAUCCUUUAUAAAAAAUAGUACAAAAAUAACUGAAGAAACUUUUAUCGAAGAUAUUUCUGAAGAGAUGAAAAAAUUUGGGCAGAGGAUAUCUGGGAUCACCCGUAGACAACUGGAGGUUUUUGUGAAUAUCUGCCUAUCUCGUUACCGUUCAAAAAAAAUUGAGGCUGGAACUCCUUGUGGUGCAAUUGGGGGUCAUAGUAUAGGGGAACCUGGGACCCAGAUGACUUUGAAAACUUUUCACUUUGCUGGGGUUGCAAGCAUGAAUGUUACUCUUGGAGUUCCUCGUAUCAAAGAAAUAAUUUGUGCAAGCAAAAAGAUCAGUACACCAAUUAUCACUGCAAUGCUUGAAAGUGAUGAUAAUGCAAAUACUGCAAGGAUGGUAAAGGGUCGAAUAGAAAAAACAAAUUUAGGCCAGGUUGCAAAGAGUAUAAAAGUUGUUAUGAGUUCAAGGUUAGCUUCAGUUGUUAUCACACUUGACAUGGAACGAAUCCAAGCUGCGCAUCUAAAUAUAGAUGCUAAUAUUGUAAAAGAAUCUAUUUUACAAACUAAAAAGACAAAAUUGAAGCCAGAGCAUAUUAAGAUUUUAGAUAUUAAAAAGCUUGAAGUUGUUCCCCAAGAUGCGGAUAAGAGUAAAGUCCAUUUUCAGCUUCACUAUCUCAAAAAUUUACUUCCAUCAGUUGUAGUAAAGGGAAUUAAAACUGCAGAACGCAUUGUUAUCAGUAAAGAAGAAGAUAAAGUGACGAAGGUCGAAAAGUUUAAAUUACUGGUGGAAGGCACGGGCCUUCAAGAUGUUAUGGGAGUUGAAGGGGUUGAUGGACGUAAAACUGUUAGUAAUCAUAUCCAUGAAGUACGAGACGUAUUAGGAAUUGAAGCUGCCAGAAAGUGUAUCGUUGAUGAGAUCAAUUUUACAAUGGGAAGUCAUGGAAUGAGUAUAGACAUACGCCAUAUGAUGCUUCUAGCCGAUGUGAUGACUGGCAGGGGUCAAGUCUUUGGAAUAAAUAGAUUUGGAAUAUCAAAGAUGGGUAAAAGUGUACUAAUGCUCGCAUCAUUUGAGAGGACAGCAGAUAUUCUUUUCCAGGCAUCGGUACAUGGGAAGGACGAUUUGAUUGAAGGAGUAAGCGAAUCCAUAAUCAUGGGUAUACCGAUUCGGAUAGGCACCGGAAUGAUCAAGGUCAAACAAAGGUUGGAUCCGCCGGAGUUGCCUCGUGGAACCAGUCCUAUUCUUCUAUCUUGAAUUUGAAAUGUAUAUUUGCAGCAAGAAUGUGGAUCAUCCAGGUCGGAAUGCUCUGAACGUUGUCAGCUUAAGUUCGGAAAUUUUGUCAUUUAUGUGCAUAUAUUUUGUCUAGAACAAUUGCAAGAACCAUCCAUGCAUGCAUGAGUUGAGAUUUCUUGGCUCCUGAAUUAUCUUUAUCCAUUGUGUAAGAAUUCAAUCUUACCCACAAAAUGUUAACCAUUUUAUUGAUUAAUGUUUAUUGUAAAAUAUAACAUUUUAUAAAUGAUUCAAUACAAAUUUU